GUAAGCUAUAAGAAAAUUGAUAUCUGAUAAUUUUAAAUAUUAAAUAACGAAAGAAUCGCCAUGCAACUAAACUCAACUCAGCUCGGGGCGAUAGACGAGAAGACUUUACGGAGAGCCUUUGCUGAAAAACCAUUACAUAAAGUCAAGCACUUCACCACAGCUACCGCAGCAGCGGAUUGUACGUCGGCGGCCGUCGUUGCCUUUAGCGCCGCAAUUCCAAUAUCGAUCAUCGACUAUAGCAUCAUGGCUCGUGUUUCCGGGACAACGGACAGCAGUUUGAAGGAAUUCUUUAAAGGCAUCCGAACGCUUUUUCUUCGCCCACACAAAUUUUUUCUACCUACAAAGGAAAAUAAAUGCUGUAUUGUUUUUUGGGCUUGUACAACAACCUAUUUGUUUACCUACAUUGGCUCGAACUUGGCCAAGAGCUACUGUGAGCCUCAUGGAACAGUCAACGAAGCAAACCUCGCGGCUGGAAUUGUCAGCGGUGCUGUGAAUACCCUCUUUACCAUGUGGAAAGACGGCGUCAUUUUGAGGCAACUCCCUCCAAAGAAUACGACGAAUUCCUUGACAAAUUCGGGACGAAUCCCAUACAUCACACGAGGGCUCUUUUGCACCCGUGAUUUUCUGACAUGUGCAGCCGCCUUCACCCUGGCCCCCAUGCUGGCAGAUUGGAUCACGCGCUAUACCUAUUAUCACAAAAGAAUUGAGGGACUUCCAAAAGAUGCAAAGCUACCUGAGGAUGAGGGCAAAGUUCGCCUGCCAAUGUCCAUCUCAAACACGGCGCAGAUAGCUACGCCCGCAGCACUUCAAUUUGUCACGACUUUAUUGCAUAUUACGGCGAUUCGAUACAGACAAACAUAUCCUAACUUUGAUUUGAAAGAUCUUACGCAGAGUCUUAGGGCAACGUAUUUGUCCUCCACGUUGAUGCGCAUUUGUCGUAUAAUCCCAGCAUUUGGGAUUGGUGGCAUUUUAAACCAGAAAAUACGCACCAAUCUGUUGGAUAAAGCUGAGUAGAACGAGAUUAGCAUUUGGGCUAAAUUGAAAUAUUAUUAUCUUCCCUUUUUAUAUUCUUUAUCCAGUUAUUAGAAAAACUGGUAAACGACACCUUAACUAAGCGAAAUAAUAAAAUCGAAGAAUCGUGGAAUAAAACUUGGAUUCCUUAUACGUUAACAAUCAUACAGGUGAACUUUAUUAUUAUUAUUAUGUUCUGAGCCUAUUACACGUAAUUAUUGAUUUAGAAAAAAAUCUGAAAAAUGGAACCUUUAAAAAAAAA